GGAGAACAUCCACGCAAAUCAAGAUCAUCUCAAGACAUGUGCACUGAGUCGAGCCCCUGAACCAGAGUGAGACGCUGUUAUUGGAGCAGGAAGCACACGGAUCACAGACGCUCCCCUUCUCUCCUCCUCUGACGGACGGAACACAUGCUCUCUCGCUCACACGGAUACAGGACCAUCACCUGUCUUCUCCUCACUGCUCAGCAUCUGUGCUGGAUUAUCAUCACCAUCACCAUCACACUCAUCCAUCAGGGACUCAUCUAGCGCUCCGCUCCGGACUCCAGACUGCAGCUUCAUGGGAAAAAUGCUGGAGCAGCACCAGAUGUUCCCGCACUACACCUGCUACUAUCCGCCCUACGCUCACAGCAAGUCAUAUGCCCCGCCCCCUCAGCUGAUGGCCCCGCCCAGUCCAGGAAGCGGCAGCUGUAGUCAGAGUGCAUUGGUGCAGCUCAGUAAAACCAACCUGUACAUCCGAGGACUUCCACCUGGAACCACAGACCAGGACCUCAUCAAACUCUGCCAACCAUAUGGGAAAAUUGUGUCUACUAAGGCCAUCCUGGACAAGAACACAAAUCAGUGCAAAGCCCCGAGACUGAAGGUGUGA